AUGAGCGAGUCCGCCGACUUCACUGACUUCAACGGCCCAAGGGCGGGCGGUUACAAGAUCCAGAAUGUCUUUUACAGUACCCAGUAUGCCGACUUGGCACGCGGUAGCCCUAUUGUUGGCACUCCCAUCACUGGAUAUCAUGACGAUACCUCGGUAGAAGGGCAGCAGAACUGCACCUUCAUGAUAUCAUACACGGGCGGAACCAAUGACCUUGUGACAUUCAUGAAUCCAAAGAGCCAGAGUUAUGCCACGGCCAAUGCACUGAAAAAGAAGCUUGAAGGCAAUGGCAAUCCCGAGGUGUUCAAAUUGAUCGAGUCCCCAUCGUCCAGGGGCGAAUACAUCAUAUGCAUGGAAAACUCUGACUAUGUGUGGUACCUUGAUAGCAACGAGGACAGCACCCAGAUUAGGCUUGCUGCGUCUCCUUCUGAGACGGACAAGAGGCAAUUCUGGAAAUUUAUGUAG